AAAAGUGAAAAAAUUCACAUCAAACAACAUCAGUCAGCAAACUCGUCUUCUCUAGCAAUAAUGAAGCUUAUCAUUACUUUCGCCGCUGUAUUGGCUGUGGCUGCCGCCCAGUUCCCGGGAUUCGGUCCUCUCAACAUCCCGCGAUAUGUCCGCCCCACGAUCCCUCCACCACCUCCCCCGCGCCCCUCCCCCGCCUCGAUCAGCGUGAGCCGCGUCUCCAACAGCGACCAGAAUGCCAACAUUAUCCGUUAUGAGAACGAGAUCUACCCCGACGGUCGCUACAACUAUGCGUACGAGACUGACAAUGGCAUCGCAGCCCAAGAAGAAGGAGUUCCCCGUGACUUCGGUGGCAACCCACCAGUCAGGCCUGACGUUGCUCAAGGCUCCUUCGCUUGGACUUCUCCCGAGGGAGUACCCAUUGCGAUAAGCUACAUCGCUGAUGAGAACGGUUACCAGCCCUCGGGUGAUGCUAUCCCGACUCCUCACCCAAUCCCGGAAGCCAUCCUGAAGGCUCUUGACUACAUCAGCAGGAACCCACCCCAACAGAAGAAGAAGUGAACAUAGAAUAACAACUUGUUCUAGAUAGUCAAAAAUUUUAAGUCAUUAUUAUUUGGUAAAUCAAAGGACUGCAAAUGAAAAUGUAUAUAAAUCAAACUAAUAUAUUUAAAUAAACAUACAUCAAAGACGUAAA